CCGACUUCAAGCGAACUUAUUGUAAAUCCUGCCUUACAUUUAGACGCACUUCCCUAUUCGGCAUUAUCGUCGUCAUCAAUCAUCACAAGCCAAUUCUUCAAGAGACUUUUGGAAACACGGCCCCGCAUAGCCAGGUGCUCGUGCACUGAAACUUUAUUCGGAUAGUCACCAGCUCGCCAAAAGUCCGUCUGGCUACAUAGAUUUUUAUCCCAAAGAAGAAUGUGCUGUAACAGGUAGAGAAGCUAGCGGAGUGCGACCGAAUGGAUUUCGACAAGAUCUUCUCUGCUGCAGGAAUUGCAUCCCCCAGCGAGGCACUUUUGGCGAUACAACGCCCGCAGAAGCUGUCAAGAUCGGCGCCAAAGGGCUUGGCCUGUGAGGCAGAAUCGUGACCAAUGACGUGCCGUGAAAAGGCAAAAUGGGGACGCCUGCCCCGGGCAAGGUUUCCCAGCGUUGCACUUUAUUGGCCUGACCGAUUCUGAUACAGCGCCCCUGACAAUGUCCCAUUGCCCAAACAGGCAUUGCUCUCCGUCCUCUUUGUGGCCAAUGCGGCGGGCAAGCGCAUUAACACAACCCAAUAAUACGCAAGGUACGGGGAUGGCGAAAUCUGGUUGGUCCGACGCAUAAAGUUCAACCCCCCAAAUCAUCUGCUUUUGCCCAUAGUCAUUCGCCAGGCCGUUUGACGCUUACGGCGAUCGGCACCACUGCGAUCGCCAAGCUACGAACAGACAGAGACAUCCACGCGCACCGAAAUCGUAAAGGGGAAACACACUAAAUGGGACCGAAUUGCGCCAUGCUAUGCGUGUCUCGCUCAUGGGAUGAGCGGACGAAUAAGCUCUCUCACAUGCAUACCCUGUCUCUGUCCCCUUAUCGAGUCACGAACGAACCAAGCAUGUUCACUAGCCAUGUUGUGCUCCAUGGCAGCCAGCCAGUCAGGCAGGCAGCUGAGCUCCGUUCUCAAGACACGCAACUCGGGUCCGCCGUCGCACGUAUCGCAUGAGGAUGAUCUUGUCUAUCCUUAUUUUUGCCAUCCCGACCUUCUUCUUUCGUGUGAUAGGCCCGACACCUGCCCAACUUCAGAUAGUCACAUUGGUUGCAUCGCCGCCGCACGCCUCCAAUCUUCAACCGUUGCCGCUUGCCGACAUCUCCAUCUCUCGGCACUGAUCAAGUGGCACUGAGCACAGAUCAACGUGUGUCCUUGGAAGUUAAAUAGAAGCCACUUCCCCUCUGGAGUUUGGAGAGAUCUAGACCAUCACUCACACACACUCUCACUCACAAAACACCUUCUCUUCAAUCAGUACAUACAUAUAUACACUCUUGUCUAUAUUUUCCCUACAUAUAUACUUCACCAUGCAAUUCAACAAUACCUUUGGAAGCUUCCUCGUUGCUGUCCUGUCGGCUUCUCUUGCUGCUGGCGCACCCACCGCUGAGAGCCCUCGCUCUUUUGAGGUCAAGCGCACCGUCAACGAGAACUUUUCCGGCCGCAACGGCCCCUUGGCCCUUGCCCGCGCCUAUGCCAAGUACGGUGCUCCAGUUCCUGACCAUCUGGCCAAGGCUGCCGAGACCCGCGCUGCUUUCCUCAACAGCAUCAAUGGCCACUCAGUCCGCCGCAGUGGCAAUGGCACUGGCACUGCAACCGCCACCCCCGACCAUGGCGAUCUGGAGUACCUUGUUCCCGUUCAGAUCGGUACCCCUCCCCAGACCCUGAACUUGGACUUUGACACCGGUAGCUCUGAUCUCUGGGUCUUCUCCUCGGAGACCGACAAGACGGAUGCCGGCAGCCAUAGCAUCUACGAUAUCGAGAAGAGCACAUCGGCCAAGAAGGUGUCUGGAGCCACUUGGAGCAUCACUUAUGGCGACCAUUCCUCCUCCUCUGGAGAUGUCUACCAGGAUGUAGUGACUCUCGGUGGUCUUUCUGUCCAGUCCCAGGCUGUCGAGGCUGCCAAGAAGGUCUCGACCCAGUUUGCUCAGGGCGCCAACGACGGUCUCCUCGGUCUCGCCUUUAGCAGCAUCAACACUGUCAAGCCCACCAAGCAGAAGACCUGGUUCGACAACAUUGCCAGCUCCCUCGAUGCUCCCGUCUUCACUGCUGACCUCAAGCACAACGAGCCUGGAAGCUACAUCUUUGGCGCCGUUCCUUCCGCCGCCAAAGAGAUCCUGUACGCUCCAGUCGACGACUCUCAGGGCUUCUGGCAGUUCGAGACCACCGCUGGCGACAGCCAGACCUUCAACGCCAUUGCCGACACCGGCACCACUCUUUUGCUCGCCAACUCUCAAGUCGUCGGUGCUUACUACAAGUCUGUCAGCGGCGCUACUCUUGACCAGCAGCAGGGCGGUUACAUCUUUGACUGCAACACCAAGCUCCCUGACUUCACCUUCACUGUUGGCAAGGGCAGCAUUACCGUUCCGGGCUCGCUCAUCAACUACGCACCUGCCAGCGGCAGCCAGUGCUUCGGUGGCAUCCAGCCCAUGGACGACAUUCCUCUGGCCAUCUUUGGCGAUGUUGCCCUCAAGGCUGCCUAUGUCGUCUUUGACGCUGGCAAGAAGCAGGUCGGCUGGGCUCCUAAAUAAAUUGGAUGUCCCCUUUUCAUGACAUGAU